GUAGUAGAGUGGUGCUGCCGCUCUCCAUGGCUCACCACGUCGUCUCUCCCUGUCACCCAUUUACAGCCCUCGCUUUCUUUCUAACUAGCUCCCUCCUCUUCCUCCUACCACCUGCUAAGCUAGCUUGCUUCCUCCCCUCUCUGAUCCAUCUUGCGCUGCGGCUACUCACCUCAUCUUCUUCGCUCUGCUAGCUGCUUCUCGGGCCGCUAUAUAUAGCUCUCGCCUCGGCUGCAGCUGCCACUCACCUGCACCAAAAACAAGCAACAAGCUAGCAGCUACACUCACCCAACUGUUAGUCUGCUGCUAGCUUAGCUAAGCUAUAUCUCCUACUGCUAGCUGCGUGUGGGUGUGGGCACUCUAAGCUACAGCUCGAUACGUACGUUCAUAAGCUGUCUAGCGCGCGCGGGCUGUGAGCGAGCGAUCGAGCGAGCGAGCAUGUCGUCGAGCAGCCGAAGGUCACGCACGCGGAGCGCCGGGAGCUCGCCGUCGAUCUCGGAGGACCAGAUCUCCGAGCUGCUGUCCAAGCUGCAGGCGCUGCUCCCGGAGUCCCAAGCUCGCAAUGGCGCUCACAGAGGUUCGGCGGCGAGGGUGCUGCAGGAGACUUGCAGCUACAUCCGGAGCCUGCACCGGGAGGUGGACGACCUCAGCGAGACCCUCGCCGCGCUGCUCGCCUCCGACGCCGUCACCGCCGAGCAGGCCGCCGUCAUCAGGAGCCUCCUCAUGUGACCCACCCUCCCACCGUCCUCCCAUCGGCGGCGCACACGUGCGUCCGUGACACCGUCCGUCGCCGUUAGAUCAUACUACGAGCUAGCAUGCCCCUGGGUGGCUAUGGCUAGCGUGCAAGCUAGUGUACGUACGUGCAAGCCUUUUUUCCUUGAGGUUUUUGCAUUUUCUUAGUUAAUUAAUCUGCUUGAUUAGUUUGGAUUGGAUUGCGAGAGGUUUGUAGCCAGCAUUGCCUGGCGCUGGCGGUGGCGGUGCCGGGCAUGGCUGGACAGCAACGAUGAUCGGUGGUUUUAAUUACACGAGAUACUGGCACUGUGCGGUACACUGCCAGUAUCUAUCUAGCCAGUAGUAGGGCUUGGCAUCACGCUGCUGUACGCUGAAAGGCUAAUGCGUGUUGUCUAGUGCUUUGUUGAUUAGUUUGGUACUUAAUUGACUCUUGAUUAAGAUCGGUCGCUUGUUUUUCCUGAUUAUGGGCCACGCCUGAUAAUUGCAGCUAGCGCUCUUGGAUGUAUGCAUACGUGUGUUGUGUCUUGUGUCUUGUGUGUGUGUGUGACUGUGUGUAGUGUGUUGUGUACGCUUUAUCAUCUGAGCUCAUUAAUUUUGGAGCACAAUUAGCUAGUUAGGGGCGAUUAUUUGUACGAAGAACCUGCAUACCUCAAAAAGUGAAUGUUAGGGCAUGUUUGGUUCAUGACUAACUUUGCCACAACUAACUUUAGGCAAACGACGACCACCCAUAAAAAGUGUGACGAACAAAAUGGCCACCACAACUGCGACAAGAUUUAACAAAAAAACUCACCCUAUGACGACACGCCAAUCAUGUAGUUAAAAAAGUGUGGCAACCUCAGGCUGCAAAUCAAACAUAUGACCUUAAUGUUGUUACGGCCCUGCUUUAC